ACGAAGUUAACCAGUUCUUUAUAAGAAUUCGUAAACGUAGUAUCGACUUUAGUGAAAUAUUAUUUUCAUUAUAAAUUACAUCUGUGCUGUAUAUGAAUUUUAUUAUCAUUGCUGCACUUAUUUGAAGUAAUUUUAUUAGCAAUCAUUGUUCUACAAUUGAAACCAAGCUAAUAUAACCACUUUUAAUUCUUUACAUCAAGAAUAUAAAUGUAGAUAAAUAUCCAACGAGUUCUAUGCGAAGACAUAAUUUUUGGAGAAAGAAGACAUCAUGAAUAAUAAUAAGAAUGAAGUUCUGAAACUGAAUUAUGAGCAACAGGUUGCAUAUAAUGAACUACAGGAAUUGCUCGAGAAAAAGCAGAUUAUCUUAAUUGAUGCUCCAAGCGGAACUGGUAAAACUUUUAUGUUGUCUAUUUUGGCAGCGUCAUAUUAUAAUUACAAUCGGAACAUAAUAGCACCAGUACAGUUUAUUACUUUCACACGAAAUCAGGCUAGCAAAAUUUUGUUAAAAAAAUUUGAUGCGUAUACUUAUGUAUCUUAUAGUAUGCGUAACUUUCGUUUGUCAUAUCAUUUUGUGCCUAAUAUGUUCCAAAAAAAUGAUAAUAUCGUUGGAGUACUUUAUCAGCUAAUUACAUAUGCCAAAAGCUACGUUCAUGUCGCUAAUCUUGUAAAAGUGAUUAUUUUGGAUACAUACACUAUAGCCUCACCGCUGCUGUUAAUUUUGCUGUGUAUAGUAUCGUUCAAAAACAAUAUAAAAUUAAUUUUUUCUGGAGAUAAAAUGCAGCCUGGUGCUGUUCCCUCUUGUGCACUCUACAACAAAAACAAUUCAUACAUUAUAGAUAUACUUAGUGAUGACAGAAUAGACAUAUUAAGCCCAAACAUGCGGUCAUCUGACAACAACUUUACACGUAAACUAUCACGUUUUCGUGAAAAGUUUGAGGACUACAAGUCUGAAAGCGAUGUUCCUUUUUAUUUCAAUUUGCGAUAUUUACUAUACUGCCUUUUUCGAUCGAAAUAUUUCACUGAAGAGCGUUUUGAUACUGUUUACAUGGCUCAGUAUCAUUAUGACAUUACGCUUCGUUCGUAUCGUUUAAUAGAACACUUGAAAUCUAUUAAAAAAGACUACGUUGUAGAACCAUUUUAUCUAAGUAACGGUAAAAUUAUACCUAUGGAAAACAAUAAGAAAAAUAAAUUUUUACCUGGUUUACUUUUGGUAAAAGAUUGCCAAUAUGUACAUAUAAACGAAAGUGGCGAGCACAACAUUGUUCGUCUGGAAGAAAUGAUCUAUAAAGACUACAAGUUGCACUCUCUUGUUGUUCGUUCCAUAAACGACAAAUAUUCUAGUUCAGAGAUAGUUGAACGUUGUAAUCUUUGUCAUUAUCAAAUUCUACCUUCAUAUCGUGAGUGGUUACUGGAUCGUGCUGGUUCUUCACAAACCUUACGGCAAUUCCCUUUGUACAUAUAUUCGUUGACGUACCACUCAAGUAUAGGACGUACAAUCAGGAACGAGGUAGAAUUUAAUACCACUACUAAUGUAGUAGGUCAGUCUGUUACUGCUAACGCAGUUUACGUUGGUCUUUGCUGUAUGACUGAAGAAUCUAACAUACAUAAAAUCCAUGCUGGAGACGAUCUUCUAAGCUUUGUGGUGACAGAAUAUAUGGAAAAUGAACGAAACGAUAAAGAAUUUUAUUACCGUUGUCCGCCAAAUAAAGAUAGCGAUCAAAUUCUGGAAUACGUUUCUCUAGCAGGCAGAAACGAAUUCAUAGAUCAAAUUAAUUGGUGCACUGUGACUUCUACAAAAUCUUUCGAAAAGAAACCAUGUGUCACUUACUUACGUAUACAACGUAACAAGUAUAAAAAACCAAAAGAAGAAAAGAAAGAAACAUUGUUAAUGGAAGCUGCAAAAUUUGUUAAGUGUAAUAAAAAUGUGAUUCUCGAUAUAAUUAAAGCAAUACCUAAUGAACAUUCCAGUGAAGCUGGGAAAAAGAAAAAAACAACGGAAAAUCACAAAGAAUCUAUACCUGAAAAAGAUUCCAGUAAAGCUAAGAAAAAGAAAAAGAAAACGAAAACGACAGUGGAGGAUUACAAAAACUCAGAGGCAUAUAUUUUGUUAAAAAAUACAUAUGAUGAUUGGGUUUCUGGUAACAAAAAAAAUGAAGAAUAAGUUUUAGAUUACCUCUAACAUUAUUAAUAUUAACUUUGUGAACGUGUUUUGAUAACAGCUGCGAAAAUAUCUAAUAAAAGAUAUAUGGUCCAAUUUAGAAAAUUAAACAUAACUAUCAUAAGGCUGACUAAAGUCAAUGCAAGAUUAUAUACCGAUCAUUACAAUGGAUCCUCAAUAUCGUACAUUUGUUUGAAACAUUUUUCUAUAUCAUGCAUAGUUUUUGAGAUACUUCUACGUUUUUAAAUAAAACG